AACCCUAAAUCAACAAAUUGUAUCAGAAACAACAAGAAGUGAAGAAGAGUCGCAUUAAACUCAACUCGCCGGAGAACCCCACCGGAGUUUGUCGCCGGCCACCGCCACAACCAGUCAGAAAGUCCAUAUUUUCCGCCAUAUCAGCAACCUUCAGAAACGAUUGGAAUCCGUCAUUCAUUAAUCCAUGGAGACGCCGCAAUCAGAUGAAGCUAUUAACAAUAUUAAAGAUAUAAGACAACAACUUGAAGCUCGCAUAGAAACCCAACAUAAGUCACAUAUGGACAUGCUUUCUUCUGUACAAUCCAUUAUACCUAAUAUCGUUUCUUCUCUUGACCUUUCUCUCAAAGUUCUCUCUUCUUUUAACCAUCGUCCUUUUGCUCCUACACCCCCUCUCCCUCCUCCUCUUCCCAGUUUCAACCCUCCCAAAUCAUCACUCCAACAACUACCUCAAAACCCUUCUAGUAAUAGUAAUAAUAAUCCUCAAAACCCCAAAACAUCUCAUGUAACUACAAAUCCAGAAUCAGAGAAAAUUAGUCCUUUAACCAUUGUUCGAUCAAUGGUUGCUGUUUGUCUUUUAGGUCGAGUACCUUUUUCGCCAAUUGACUCUUCCACUGUUUUGAGGAAAUUGGAGAAUGAUCAAACAGUUACGCCCCAAGACAAAGCUGCACUUCAGGAGCUUGGUGGAGAUUCAGGUGGGCCAACGCUUGCGGUCGAGAUAGCUUUGAGGUCAAUGGCAGACGAUAAUGGUGCUGUUGAAUUGGAGGAGUUUGUUGUCAGUGGAAAAGCAAGAAUUAUGGUUUGUAAUAUAGAUAGGACCCGUCUCUUGAGAGAAUUGCCAGAAACUGCACUGCAUCAGCAGCAAAAUGAAUCUAGUUUCAGUGAUGCGAACACGAAUCAAAAUCAGCAGCAAAUUAAUACCGGUAGCGCGAAUGUGAAUGGUGUUAUGAUUGGAAGGCCAGUUUUGAGGCCAAUUUCUGAUAUGUGGAUGUCUCAAGGUGACCCUCACAUGUCAGGGCUACCGCCAAUGCUUUCUGGUGGUGGACCAAGAGGAGCACCAAGACUAAUGGGAAUGAUGGCUGCACAUAGAGGUAUUGGUAUGCCGUCGAUGCAUAGACUCCCUUUGGGGCCAAAUGCAUCAGGGAGUAGUGUUAAUGCAAUACCACAGAAACCAAAAACCUAUGAUGAUGAUUUGAAGGAUGUUGAGGCUAUAUUGAAUAAGAAAUCGUUUAGGGAGAUGCAAACAUGUAAAACUGGCGAGGAGCUUUUGGAUUUGAUUCAUCGACCGACUGCAAGGGAGACUGCUGAAGCUGCAAGGUUCAAAACCGUAGGUGGUUCUAGGGUGAAGGAAUAUUGUGACUUAUUGACAAAAGAAGAUUGUCGACGCCGGACCGGUUCCUUUGUAGCUUGUGAUAAGGUUCAUUUUAGACGAAUCAUUGCUCUUCAUACUGACAUUAAUUUGGGAGACUGUUCGUUUCUUGAUACUUGCCGGCACAUGAAGACAUGUAAGUAUGUUCACUAUGAGUAUGACCCUACACCUGAUGUGCCUCCAACAAUGAUGGGUGUUCCUCCUCCUUCCAAACCACUAAAGCAGCAGCGUGCUGAGUAUUGUUCUGAAGUGGAACUUGGGGAACCACAAUGGAUCAACUGUGAUAUACGUAACUUUAGAAUGGACAUAUUAGGUAAGUUUGGAGUAAUAAUGGCUGAUCCACCGUGGGACAUUCACAUGGAGCUGCCUUAUGGAACAAUGGCUGAUGAUGAAAUGCGCACUCUUAAUGUCCCUGCUCUGCAAACUCAUGGGCUUAUUUUUCUAUGGGUCACUGGGCGUGCGAUGGAACUUGGACGAGAAUGCCUAGAACUUUGGGGAUAUAAACGUGUUGAGGAGAUCAUUUGGGUGAAAACAAAUCAACUUCAGCGAAUAAUUAGAACUGGACGUACGGGCCAUUGGCUCAAUCACAGCAAGGAACAUUGUCUUGUUGGAAUAAAGGGUAGCCCUGAAGUAAACCGAAACAUUGAUACUGAUGUUAUUGUUGCUGAAGUCCGGGAAACUAGCCGAAAGCCAGACGAGAUGUAUCCUUUGUUGGAGAGGAUAAGUCCAAGAACAAGAAAGCUGGAGUUGUUUGCUCGCAUGCACAAUACUCAUGCAGGGUGGAUGUCUCUUGGUAAUCAAUUGAGUGGUGUAAGGUUAGUUGAUCAAGGGCUGCGGGCGAGGUUUAAGGCAGCUUAUCCAGAUGUGGAGGUCCAGCCAGCAUCACCUCCCAGAGCUUCUGCUAUGGAGGUAGACAAUAGUGUUGCGGCUCAAACAAGGAGUCCAUUUGUUGGCACAGAAUCAAAGUCCACUGCUGAUCCUGCAGCUCCAGCAACUACCUAUGCUUCGGAGGAGAAGCCAAUGGCCAUGGAUGUGGACACUAAGUAAGUUUCUAUCAAAUCAAUUGUAUGAUUUUGUUAGGCGGAAAUCCUUUAUAAAAGCUUAAGGGGGGAAAAAGCAGUAUUCUCACCUUUGUACCAUUAUUAGUUUUUAGUCUUUUCUCGUUUUUCUUUCCUCUUGUGGAAAGAUAAGUUUUUGGAAUACCCAAUUUAGGCGAGGAUGGUAAUGUAAAUUAAAUAAUGUUGUAAUAGUUGUUAGUUGUGAGGGGUUUCUGUAAUUGUUGUACUUUAUUUAUUUUUAUUUUAAUGUUUUAGCAUUGGUGAUCA